AUGAUCAUCUUUCGAUUAACUGUGGAUUUUCAUCAUAUAUGGCUUAUUGAGAAGAAAAUGCCUCUUAAUAAUUUAGAUAAAAAGGACGUUAAAUCAAAAAAUAACAGCUUACUAGUAAUGAAUGAAGAAGAAGAGUUGGAGGAAGAUCAUCUUAAAAUGAUAACGAUAAUGGUGAUAACAAUCCAAAUGAGGAUAACAAAAUAA